UGCAUCAACAAAACACAUAAUCUGCCACUGUCAAUAUAAAAUCGUACUUGCUGAUCAUAGUCUACAUGCAAUUUAUAAAAACCUAAACGUGCACGCACUGUAGGACAUAGUAGUCAACUCAAAUCCAUGUAUUUACAAUCACAACUAAAAGAACCCUUGACUUGUAUAUAAACCUUUUUUUAGAUAUUAUAUUUGUAACCUUGCUUUUCACGUAGGCUACUUUUAAAGUCCUGUAUUAUACUAAUAAAAACGACUCAUUACUGACACAAACAACUCCAGCGAACAAGAACAGACACAAAGGAUUUGCUAUUAGGCAAAAAAGCAUAUUCCCAGGUGGUAUUUGUGAACCCUCGAUAAUAUCAAUAUGGAAUUGAAAAAGGUUGAAGUUUCUACACUGGAUCAAACUAUUUUAUACAGUGUAUGAUUGGAGAAUCCCACUAAAUUAUAAGGCUAUAGCCUAUGGGUUUAACCCGUGCCGUUAAACGACCAAUACCAGAGAACUACAGGUCCCAGCUGCCCUUGCGCACCUCAACCGCAAACAAAGAGCCGCAUUCAUGCACACACAUACACAAAUCGAAGGGAUUUAAAUAAUGACAGCAAUAUCCAAAUUAAAUAUACCAAACAGCACACUUCUAACAAAGAUGAUGUUCCGACAAUUGUAACCUCAAACUAAGGAAAGAUUGUCCGAGUCAUCGCGUGAUUUCACGCUUCCGGAAGUUAAAUAGCAUGAGAGAGAGAGAACUGUCCGAGGUGCUGACACUGUGAGUAGUGCAUGUCCUGAUUCAGUCUACAUACCUGUAUAUUUCAAAUGUAACCUAUGUAUUUGUCUUAUGUAAGAUGACUUUGUAAGUAUAGUUUUCAUACCUGUGUUUUGAACUGAAUAUUGUGUUCACCAUACUAAAUGGACAAAUCACAAAAUCUUUAACUGUUCUUGUCAGUAAUGUUAUGUUAUCUCCUUGUUUGAUAUCUCUGCUCACCUCACUCACACACAAAUCACACAAAUAUUCUUUAAAUACAUCAUAAGACACACUGGUCCUCUAUACUCUGUGAAUAUGCAUCACUAACUUAGAUGUUUUUUUCAUUUAUGUAUAAAUAUAUUAUCAGACUUUGGGAAGAUGGAUGAACCACAGGAGUCAUCUUCCUGUAUCCUCAAUGCCCCAAACUCAAGCAGCAGCAGUCCCCCCAGCAGUAAAACUGGCAACACUCCACAAUGCAAUGGUUCUUCAGAGUCCCGGACCCUUCUGCGGGUCCCUGAGUCACAUGGUCUUAAGCUACUGAGCGUUCUUAGAUCAUUCAGGGAGCAAGGCCUGCUAUUUGACUUCACCAUUAAGGUCCAGGAACAGAGUUUUCCCUGCCAUCGAUGUGUCCUUGCAGCAUGCAGCGAUUUCUUCAGGGCCAUGUUUGAGGUGGAUAUGCGAGAGCGUGGUGAUGGUUCAGUGACUCUUGGUAACCAGUGUCCAGUGGCAGUGCGUUGUUUCCUGGAAUUUGCCUAUUCAGGAGAGAUGCUCAUCACUGAUGGCAAUGUAGACAUGCUGUUUCAGCUUGCUUCUUUUCUGCAGGUCUCAGUUUUGUCCCAAGCGUGCAGCAACUUCCUGAUAAGAGCCAUGGAUCUCAGUAACUGCCUGUCCCUAUUCUCCCUUGCUGAGGCCUAUGGCUCUGCAUCCCUCCUCCAAAGUGCCAAUGACUUUGUGGUUCAUAACUUCUCUGAGCUUUCCAAAACUCAGGACUUUCUGGAUAUGCAGGUGAAUGUGUUGGAAGCAUGCCUGAGGUCAGAUGCUCUAAAUGUGCCCAGCGAGGAGGCUGUGGUGAUGUCUCUUCUUAGAUGGAUACGGCAUGAUCUCUCGGAAAGACAGAAGCUGUUGCCGGGUUUGUUAUCUCUAACGAGAUUCCACCACCUACCUGCACCUGUACUAAAGACUCUGCGUGAUACAGAUGAUCUCCUCUGCAAUAGUGAGUCCUGCAUUGCCUUGCUCUCUGAAGCUCAGAACAGGCAGGAUGAGUACAGCGGCCUGCUCUCUGAUGCCAGGCCAGCCACCACACAGAGCUACAUCUUCAUCCACAAGACGGAAGAGAACGGCGAGAUCCGCCACAGCUUCUGCUACUGUCUGGAGACAGACCAGUGGAAAGAGCUGGGAACAGGGCACGGAGAGGGGACAGCCAUGAUGCCAGACCCACCAGGUUCCUACCUUACCAGCUUUGCUGAGAAGAUAUUUGUGACAGGUGGAUGCCGGGGGAACUGUUGCCGGGCAAUUCGUCUCCAUGUGGCCGAGCCAUUCCAUGACGCUACAGACGAGGUUUGGUGCUUCUGUCCUGUGACCCUCACCUGGACGCCGGCUCCAGCCAUGCUGAAGCCCAGAACCACACACACAGCUGUAACCUGCCUAGAACGUAUCUACGUCAUCGGAGGACGGACCAGGGGAUCCAGAGGGGGGGCUCCCAGUCUGCUGGAGGUGGAGUAUUAUAAUCCUCUGACCCAGACCUGGAGCUCAGUUAGCCCGCUGCCCACUGCCAUCUACUACCCUGAGGCCAGUGCUUGUGGCAGUGUUAUCUACACACUGGGGUCAGAAGUGGAGAUAACAGAUUCAUUUAACCCCUCACUGGACUGCUUCUUCAGCUAUGACGCACAGCAGGACCAGUGGAGCCGCCUGGUGGCAGAAUUUGGACAAUUCUUUCAUGCUACUCUGGUCAAGGCAGUGGCAAUAGAUAACACUCUACACAUCUGUGACCUGUCCACUUACAAGGUCUACAGUUUUUGUCCAGAGACCUGCGUGUGGAAGGGUGAAGGGUCAUUUGAGUGUGCUGGUUUCAACGCAGGAGCAGUGGGUAUGAAAGACAGAAUCUACAUCCUGGGUGGAGACUAUUCACCUGAUGAGAUCACUGAUGAAGUUCAGGUGUACCACAGUGGGAGAAGUCAAUGGGAGGAAGUGGCUCCUAUGCCCAGAGCGCUCACUGAGUUCCACUGUCAGCUUAUCAGCUUCAACAGAUACAAAGACCCAUGGGGGGAAAAUGCACACUCUUGAAUACAUGUUAGUGGAUUUGCAUGUGUCUCUGAUGGAUGUUGGACAGUUGACAUAGGGAAAGACAAUCUUCAACCAACACCACAUCUUUCACACAUCAUUAUAACAAGAUUGCACCUGAGCCAAAUUAUUUACUACUUUUUAAUUUAAACAUUUUAGAUUUUCACUUUGUAUGAGUGAAUCGCCUGCUGUCAUGGGAUCUGUGUUGUAUUUAAAUCAAAAUGUGGUCCCUCCCAUGGAGGAACCUUAUUGAGCCAAAGACUAUAUUUGAAAGCCUCUUUUAAUAACUGAUUUCUUUUUCUGAUAAUUUGGCUGAUGGGAACCUGCUCAUAGUAUAUUACAUUAUUUAAAGCUGAACUAAAAUCCUUUUGACAAAACUGUGUAAAUGAUCUUGUUGGGUUUUAUCUUCAAUCCAUUUGACUUUAUCCUGUUUAGCCUGUCGUGUAUCGAUGCAUGCCCUUUUUCUCUUCCCAUGAUAUAUAAUUCUACAUGUGAUCAAUACAAGGAUCCCCUGAAAACCUUCA